AUGGAAAUCAUAAAUAUAUACGCUAUUGUCUUUGGCAGCAUUCUUUUGUCUCUUGCUUUUAUAAAAGCUUUGUAUUACGUUUCCCCUUGGAAGAAUGUUCUUGCUAUCUUCAUUUCGAAGCACUUGACAUACCCGUACAUCAUUCAUCGCCAUCACUUCUGUGGGCCAUGGACUCGUGCUAGUGUUUUUCUCCAUCUCUGUUAUUAUGCUUCUAACCUUACCUGCUUACUCUUUGCCGUUUCAUCGGUCUCUGAUAUUGCUCGACGAGCGGGAGUACUUUCCUUAAUUAACAUGGUUUUUCUUUUUGUGGCCCCAAGUUUGAGCUUCCUGGCAGACAUUUUAGGUAUAUCUCUCCAAAUGUGCCGCCGGAUCCAUCGUUCGACCGCUUGGAUCAGCAUAUUUCUCCUCGCCAUUCACAUUUUUGGUAUUCUCAUAGCUGAGAAAAAUACCUUAUCGUUUCAGGAUGCCCCUAAUCUACAUGCGCUGAUUGCCGGAUCGGCAGCAGCGACUAUUGUGUUGCUGUGCUUCCCUAUCUUUCGCCGUCUUGCGUAUGAGUGUUUCCUCAAGUUCCAUGAAGCGCUUGCCGCACUCUAUCUUUACGCAGUCUGGCGUCAUUUGCCACCCAAUCAGCUGUUAGCACUAUACUGCGUUUAUGCAUGCGUGGGAGCUUUUACAUCAACACUUUGUUUGCAGAUAGCAACCUUCGUCUAUCGAAAUGGAUUAUUUAUGUCUAAAGGCUACCCGCGGGCUUAUAUUCGCUGUGGGAUUAUCCCUGCCAAUGCGGAUAAGACUAAAGAUGUCGAGAAUGCUGUCAUCGUCCGCGUCGCGUUACCUCGUCCGAUGAAGCUGGACGCGGGUCAGUAUAUCAACCUCUGGAUGCCCACAGUCGGUAUAUUUUCCUGGGCACAAACCCAUCCUUUCAUGGUUAUUUCAUGGUCAACAGAGACGCAAUCUUCCUUGGACCUCUUCAUAAAACCACGCAAGGGAUUGUCAGCUGCACUGUAUGAAAGAGCUCUGAAAGCGCCAGAGGGGUCGGUGUCUUUUGCCACGUUUAUAACCGGUCUUCAUGGAAUCAGCCAACCUAUAGAUCAGUACCAGACCGUUCUACUUUUGGUCAAUGGACCUGGAAUCGCCGCUGCCCUUUCGUAUGUGAGAAAGCUGAUCCGUGGUUACAAUACCUCUUUUUCUCGCACACGUCGAAUUCACUUGGUGUGGGAAUUGAAAACCUUGGGUCUGGCCGCUGCGGCAGAAGAAUUUUUAGACAGCUUACUGGAAGAAGACACUUUCGCCGACGGUUAUAUUUUCACCACUUCAAUAUAUGUUGAAUCAGGAAAGGUUUUUGAGGUCGGGAACCAUAACCGCGGUUCUGUGUACCAAGGCCAUCCUGAUUACGACGAGAUAAUACGGGCGGAGGUCUUGGGUGACUUUCCCAACAGCAAAACGAACAGUAAAGCAGAACAUGAGCGGAUGACGGUGGCGGAUGGGUUUAUCGACAGCGAAAAGAACGGUAAAGGACAAGGCUGGAAGAUGCUUGUUAUGGUAUCGUUACCUGGCAAGCAACGGGAUCGAGUACAAAGUAUUGUUCGGGAAUAUUUACAGGACGGGGUUGCGAUGACUGAGCUAGAAUUCCAGCCUGACUAA